AUGACUGUGAACAUUGAGAAAGGGGUGCCAAACUACUUCCAAACAGCCAAACGGCAAGAAAACGAUCAGUAUUCUCUGGGUAUUAAGGAGACUUCUAUGAACUUGGAGGUGAAGAAUAAACAGUCCUCCCUACAUGUUACCUGCAACAACACUCUUCGUGAUAAAGGUAGCUAUUCUUCUGCUGCUGAUGACCCUACCAAGGGAGCUGCUGCUUGCCCUCAUCUGGAUGCUUAUCAACAUGAUAAAGCAUGUCCCACCAGAACAGCAAAAAAAACUGCUCCAAAUCCUGAUGAUGAUCCUCUUUCUACUGCUGCAAAGCAUGUAAAAGUGAAGGAUGGAGAACAAGGAGAAUAUUUCCAGCACGAGUGGAAGGAUGGAAGACAUCUCAUCAUACUCCUAUUGUCGGAACUCCAUUUGUUCAUGUUCUUCUUUCAUUAG